ACGCCACGCAAAACUCAAAUAAGUGCACAAGAAGCUUUAAGUGCUGCCAGAUUUUUACCCACGAAACCAUGCUUGUGCUGCUAAUCUUACAGAUCCUUGCUGCGGCACAAUGUAUGCGUGUGCCUCAUCCGAAAUGCACGUACAGCGGUGGUGGUGUCUAUUUAUCCUGCGAGCAGUCUCCGCUGGAAUUUCCUACAACCUUCACAGGCGACGCCGUUGCUACCAACGUGCAGCACAUCGAUCUCAACUGUCCCCGAUCUUACUCCAAAAACUACUGUAACGUUCUGCAGGACAAAUUCGCUCCGUUACCAUUUCGGUCGGAAAUCGUUAAAGUCGUUCUGUCCGGAUUCCGCAGCGACAGUGGCCAACGCACGCCGAUCCACGAAUUCCUCAAACUGGUUAGGCAGAAGAUAACCACAUUAAGCAUCCAGUACAGCGUGAUUAAAUACCUCGAUGCGGAAUAUUUUCGCGGAUUUAGUUCACUAAAGGCGCUGUACCUGAGCAAUAACGAUAUCACAUCGGUGGACGUGAAUACAUUCCAAGCGCUAACAUACCCGACUGUGCCGGUUCUGGGACGCUUAGUUGGGCAAAAAUUGCACACGAUUUCAUUAUCGCAUAAUGCGUUGCAAGAGCUGGAUUGGAGUGCAUUCCAACCGCUUGGAAAAAGCCUGGAAAAUAUUCAUCUGGAAUCGCAAAAUCCCAAAUUGAAAACGCUGGAGCGUUCUGGUCGAGCAUUUCGGUUACGGCUACGUACACUGAGUUUGCACAGCAAUGGGUUACCAUCGAUUGACAAAGCCGUCCUUACGACUCUAACGCCACUUGGAUCUGCUAAUUUUGAUUUCGAUUUUCGAUGGAACAACUUCUGUCUAAGUAAUGCAGACUGCUCGUGCUGCGACAUAAUGGAUUUCCUGCGCUGGAUCGGUAGCCUGCCGCGGACCACCGCCAGCACCGGGGUGCAGUUCACGUGCGGAUCGAAGAAUAUACUGCACGGCAGUGCCAGUACGUUCAAAGUGGACCAUUUUCGCAGUUGCGCAAUUACGUCUAAUUCGUUCAUGCACCGGGGCUGCCACGAAGUACCGCCUCUUGAGAUUUCCUGCCACAACGAAACAAUAAAGUCUUCUCUCAGCGAUUUAGAAAAUACAGAUGCUAGUCGCCUAAUAAUUUCAGCAGCAUCUGGGAGCCGCUGUUCAUCAUUUUUGACUAGCAUCAAAAAUAAAGCUACAACCAUGACUGUAGUUACAGCAGCUUCGGUGCAUCCAGCAACUACCUUCACCUGCGCACAUGGUAAUGUGACUGUCCGAGGGGAUAACCGUAACGAGCACGGCAAUUCCGAACGCCUGACUUUUAUCAACGAUCUCUCACUACCAUGCCAACAACAUUUCGACAACAUUCUGCAACACGUUGGUGACCUUAUGGUCAACUUCGACAAUGCUUCGGCAGUCGUGCAUCUAUCCUCGCAAAUUACCGUUUUAGCCAUCGAAGAUUGGUUAGCUGACUUCCAAGUGUGUCCGCUGCAUCCACCGCUAAUCAUCAACUGCACAAACGGUGUGGUGACGUUCUCCGAGCGCGGAGUAGCGGCGACGAAAGCCACCACGGUGCUCGUCCACGCCGACCAGUCGUUUCGCUGCCGGAAUGUCAUCUACGAUGUCCACCGAUACAUUGUCCGUCAGGAGACGACGAAAAUUGAAUCUGCUUCCCGAGAUGGAUGGAGUGAGAGUGUCGUGGCGGUGUGCCAGAAAGGUCAAGUGGUACUGUCGGAUGGCAAUCCGGAUGUCUCAUUAGCGACGACACUGGAAUAUCAUUCAGCACCAAAUGCGCUGUGCCGGAAGGCGUUUUAUGGGCUGUUGAAUUUUGUAAUGGACAACUGGAUAACCGACUGUUUCGCUUGUCAAUUUUUAUGAUUUACUCCAUCCUGGUUUCAGAUAUCUAGUGCAGAUUAGGUACUUCAAGAUGAGGAGUGAAACGUAUACAAGUACACAUGCAACUGAUUUGUUAAUAAUUAACUACAAUAAUAAGCUACGAGUUUCGAUCCUUUAUUAUUCUACGCAUAUCUGGUGAAAAUUUUAAGUGAUUUCUUGACGUGUUACCUGUACAGCACUGCUUUACACACGCGCAUGUACUUAGAUUAUACACAGCUCUAUAUUUAUU